GUUCACUUCCGGUUAUAGGUGACCUGCGCUAGCAAGGCUGAAAACCGAGAAGUGAAAGCUUGACAAGGAUGAGUGGAUUGGAAGAGUGUAAUUAAAACACCUAAAUAUCCUCAAAGAUGAAGCAGUGACUGCAGGUCCCAUUGUAUGUAAGCCAAGAUGAUGAGCCAAGGUCUGGUCCUUGUCGCUGUCAUCUUCAUAUCAUUUACAUCACAUGCUUCAGGAUUUGUAGACAUUUGCAAAACAAACUAUCUGACCUUGCCCUUUCCUGGGGAUCAAGGAUUUUUGGGGGUCACCUCAAGUUCGAGACCCUCAGAAAAUAGUCCAUGUAUCCUCCGUCUGUCAGGAUGCUCCCAGUGCCGUAUCUCCAUGCACGCUGUGGGCGACGAGUGGACCUUUCCAAUCUGUUCCAAUCAAUUCAACCAGUACUCAAUGAAAGAAUGUCAACCAGAGUGUUCCUAUAUGUUUGUGUUCGACAGCAUAUACUUAAAUGAGACUUUGAGGUUUUACAACACUAGCAAGUGGCCGGGGGGAGAGUUCAAGUCCAUUUCCAGUGCAGUGUUCGUAGGCCUGUGUUCCCCUCCAAAUCCACCCAACAUCACCGUCAAGUUCAAUAUUGAUUCCAAUAAUCAAGUUCUGACAUCCUACAAGGGACAUGUGAGGUCGCCAAAUUUUCCAAAUGGCUACCUUCAAAAUGGAGAUGUCUACACGUGGGUCAUUAAAAACAAAGCGUACUCCAAGAUUUUGGUGGUGUUUGAUGAUUGGCACAUCUCACCAUUCAGUGGGGAGGUCUAUUUUGAUGAAAGUGACAGACGACGACCCAUCAAUGGUUCCAUGGGCCGCCCAAUAGUGAUCUCAAAGGGGCCAGAAAUGAAGGUCAUAUUCAGCACAGGGAACCACUUUUUGGAGGAUCAGAAUAGAUACAUGGGCUUUAAAUUCACUUACACUUUUUAUCGAGCUGAAGAUUAUAUUCCACAUCUGAGUACAGAGUGUGGAAAAAAUUAUCUAAUCAACGAAGGAGGAAUGAUAGAUUUCCAGCUGAGCAGCAGCAUUGAAGGUUAUCAAUAUGACUGCACCUGGCUCAUUAAAAAGCAACCCGAGUUUGACAAAGUCUACAUGAAAAUCAUCAAGUUCCGUACUGACACACUACUGAGCUAUAGCAACCAGGAAGUAGUAAUCCGCGACGGAGUUACGUCAGAUGGCGAAGUUUUGGACAAAAUUACCCCAAGAAGCAGUUAUGGAAAACCUUUCCACAGCACGAGAGGUUUCUACAUUCGGUACAGAGGGCAAGUGCGACCCAUGGACAAUCUCCAGAUUGUGUUCACUUCCUACCGGGAGCGAGGGUCCUCUGACUGCAACAGCAGAGGAAUGUUUUACUGCAACACAGGGAGAUGUAUCCCCGCCGAAUUGAAGUGUGACAGAUUUAACCAUUGCGAGGACAACUCUGACGAAAGCAACGACAACUGUCUCAAUGGUGGCGCUGGCUGGUCGCGGAGCAGUAACUACACGAUGACGGUCAGCGUGAUCGUGCCGCUGGUCAUCUCCGUCUUCCUCCUGGUCAUCCUCUGUGUCCUCUUCUUCCUCAUCCGACGAUGUCACAACGCCCGCGCCCAAGAGAUGGACAGGGACACAGGAAUCAUCCCCACAAUUAGUGGAGGGAUAGGGAGAAGAAGACGCCAGAGAAACAGACAGGCACAGAGGCCGGCCGACUUCCCACCCACCUAUGAGGAGGCCCUGGAAAGUCCCCCUUAUGAAGAGCCUCCACUGGGAUGUGAAAAUGGUAUGCUAAAACCUCCUACAUACCAUGAAGCAAUAGGGCAUUUGAUCGUGGAGCCUCCAGGGGAUCAGUAUGAAGAGGAAGACUACCCUCCCCCAGAAUUCAGUACCAUAGACCGAUCACAGCGACACGAUUCUUCCACGCCCAAUGCAAACAAUGAAGACAUCAGGCCGGUCAAUCACUCCCACAGUAUGUCCUAUAGCUCCGAGUCGUCAACAGAAAUCCCCUUAGGUCGAAAUGUCUCAAACGUCCACAGUCCCAAUUAUACGGAGGUUCCACAUCGGAGAGUGAGGACCUCACACAGAGAGGAGAGGGAAGAUGAGUACAGAGAGAGACCUUCCAGCCAGGUUGAAAGACCGGAAGGUAGAAGGAACUGUCCUCCUCCACCAAGACCGAAAAGUAACAUCAGACAAGAGCUGGAGAGAAAGUUACAGGAAGAUCAAAUAAAUCCAACUAACAUACGAAGGAAUUUGAAUUCGGAUAAGCCAGGACAGAUGUCAGACAACAAGAGAAAUACUAAUUACAGGGAGAGUCAAAGCUUUCCUGAGAGUCCUUCAAGACAUGGAUCCUCUUCGUUCCAUCCGAAGGCUGCAGAAUCAAACAAAGAUGAGCAGCACUGGAAGGAGGAAAAUAAAAGAAGAUCUAAAGGUGAUUUGAGAAACAGAGCAUCUGACAGCAGCUCAAAAGGACUACUCUUUAGUGAAGACCAUUACACAGAGGGAGAAAAUAGGGGCAUUCUCAACCAGGCAUUCAAAGACUUUGAAAGAAAUUCACAACAUUCCCCACCCAGGACAAACUCAGCCAGUCUUGCCAACCUGCCUUCUUCUCUGGAUAAAUGGACGGAUGAUCGGAGAGGAGGGAUGGCCAUGUCUCUUCAGCAUUUACCCACGACUCACUGCGUGGCCUCAAAUAAUAUCCAAACUGCAAGAUCAGCCCAGGACCUUAGGCAUAGAAUGUCAACAGCCAAUCAACCAAACACAAACAUCCCCCAACACCUCCAACCAUCGGAUCGACCCAUGUCGCUCUCGGUGGGAAAUCUACCCAAUCGUUCAAACGCUGGAGAGAAUAGGAGGGAGAGGGUGAGACCCGCUAGUGAUUCCCAGCGAUCGGUGUCACUAGGCGAUUUGAACCGGCGACUUAACAGCCAGACCGCUCGACGGCAAACUCAUUCCCAUGCAGACUUGUCCAACAUUCAAGAAGAGAGAGGUGCUGACUCCAUUGUUUUUGCAUGUGAGAGUGAAGAUGUUUUUGUUUGAGGAAUUCACUUUGUACAUGAUAUACAUGUAACAGUGUAUACAUGUGCAUGUGUAUUAAGAAUAUAACUAUACAUAUUUGAUCAAUGCAACACAUCAUUUAAAAAAAACAGAAGACAAUAAAUAUUAUUAUACCUGUACAUGUAAAUAAGAACUGUGUGAAAAUUUUAAUCAGAAAAAAUGAUUAUCAGGAAGUUAAUUAACAUCUAUGUAUUACAAGAACUUGUUCUCGUGCAAGGUACAGUGUAACUUGCUUAUUAUUCAAGAUGUUGUGUAAUCCAACAUUUAGUGCAAUCUUAACGUUUUUGUACCUUUAUGAUAACCCAAGAGUCCUAAUUCUAGUAUUUAUUUUUUAUCAAUGUUGUUUGUGUUGGUUGUUUGUUAUUCAGCCAUAUCGGAUCAACCCAGAUCAGUUUUGUAAUAUUUCUACUUUUUUAUUUCCAAUAAUAAUUAUUGGGGUUUUUUUUGUUAUGUCCUUUAAAGUUAUUCUUUAAUGGUACAAACUUGAACGUGUUCUGUCAAAUGAGUGAUGCUUUCUGGAGGAACUGUGCCAUGGUGUUCUAACCAAAGUUCAAAAGUUUAGGAUUUAAACAUCUGGUUUAUAGGUUGAUCAAUGGACAUUGUAUCAGAAUACAGUUGCAAUUGAUUGACUUUUUUUUUUGGCAUCAGCAAAACUGUUUUUCCAUGUAUCUGCGUAUAUUUUUAAACUGGUUAAAGUGAGAUGAAAAUAAUUUUAAUGUUGUUACAUGUAUUAUUCAUAAAUUCAGUACAUGUAUAUAUACAUGUAUGUAUUAGGAUAUACGGUAAAUUGAAUCACAAUUUUUUUUUGAAAACUAGCAUUUAAUUAAUAUCUACAUGUAUCUACACAGAAGUAUAUUUCUCCCCCAUAAAAACUUUGAUACAAUGUUUGCACUGUGCUGGUCACAGUCUAUUUUAAUUUCAAAUCUGAAUCAGGUGCUUUAUUAUAUCAGUCAUUUUAUUUUAUAUUUUUAUUAAAUAAUUAGUGAUAUAUAUUAAGAUAAUGUUUAUAUUGUCAUUCAAAUCAAAUAUAAGGAUUUUUUGAAAAAGCCAUUUCUCUUGCGCUUUGCUUAGAGUUUAUAAAUCACUUAACUGCUCAUGGUAGAAUAAUGUACUAACAGAUUAAACUAUUGCAGCAUAAUCACAUACAGAAUCUCUAAGCAUUACUCAAAAAUAUCUUGCCAGAAAAUCUUCAUGUAAUUUAAUUUUCAUUGCCCUUUUUUUGAUGCCAUGAACAUUUAGUACAUAUUUGACUGAAAUAUGUUUUGUGCUUAAAAAAAUAACUGGUACAUUGCUUCAUUAUCACCUACACAUUUUUUUUUUGUUAUUGUUGAGACAUGUAUUUUGCAUUUAUUAAUUUCAAUUUAAUGAAAUUCAAAUUGAGUAACGGCCAUAACUUACAUGUUUGUAAACCUUCUCCAGUUUGAUUUGGUGAGCAUUUAAUUUCCCCUUCAUGUGUCACCUAUCACUAUAUGUUAUACAGGUAUUGCCAUAGUGUAAAAUUAUCAGUUUUAAGUGUACAUAUAUAUACAUGUUUAUAGAUAGUAUAUAAAGCAACAUUUAAUGAUGUCCAGUCCUUGUUGAAAUGUUCAGCAACUCUUAUUAUUUGCUUCAAUCAUGGAUUCAACUUUUCGAUUUAAAAAUAAGUAGAAGUUCUUUGUGUUGCAAUUUGGAAAUAAUCAAACAUAUUAACUCAGUGGUAAUGUGGAGAAUUUUGGACUUUUAUGUACAUGUAUGACCUUAUUGUGAAUGGACCAACUACAUGUAAUUUGCUGUUCAAAAUUUUAACAAGAAUCUCCAUGAUAAAUUAUCCAUUUCUGUUCAACAGGGCAAACAUGCCUUGCAAACUGUGCAAAACAUCUAUAGAUUCUAUGGUAAAAUUUCCUUUGAUUUCAAUUUAUUAUGAAGUGCGACAAAAGGACAUCAUUCUAAAGGAUGAUAAAAACAAUGAGAAAUUUAUGGGGCAGGCAGAGGAUCAGAAAACCUUAAUUAUUUCAAUAAAAAGCUCAUGUAUGUAAUCUGUUUGCAUAGUAUAUUAGAGCUUGCAAAAGGAACAUGUUAAAUUGAAGGAAAUUUUUUUUUUUUUUUAAACUGACCACCAUGUUUACAUACAGUUUGGAAUUCAUCACUUGCUCAUACAUGUGCAUUCCAUAUCACAAUGUUUUAUGUUAUUUUCUCUCCCUUUUGUGUGUGUGCAGCAUUACAUGUAUUAUCCUGGAUAAAAUUAUAGGCUUUUAAAAUUGUUAAUUUGAUAAUGCAUAUCAUAUUGUUUUGUGUUACACGUUUAAUUCUUUUUAUACAUUUUCAAGAUUUAAUAUGAUUAUGAUGAAAUUGAUAUUUUAAAUAAAUACAUGUAUAUCAUUGGAAAUAUAAUCACGUAUCCUUG